GUUUCCUUCUCUCCACGAGUUUAUUAUUUCAAUUUUUAAAUAAGAACCGAAUAAAGAAAAAGAUUUACCAUGGAUAUCCCUAGUGUCCCUCUUGAAGGCCCCGCCGUAAAGUUCAGGCGCACCCAGGCUGCGCGCCUGCGUCAUCAGCAUAAACUACUGCUACAUACAUACAAAUGUCAGAAAGAUGAGGCGCGCGCGCAGGCCAAAGGCCAGAGCUGGCGGUGUCAUGUCAUGGGCUGCCAGAAAAUGAAAGGAAUUGUUAACCAUAUGGUGUCAUGUCCAGCUGACAAGAAAUGUUCUUGGCCAUCUGGGUGUACGUCUUUGAGAAAACUGAUGCGGCAUUAUUCAAAGUGCACAAAAGAAUACUGCCCAGCCUGUACACAGAAGACAGAGUGGCAAAUGACUGUAACAGAAGAAGAAAGAAGUGCAAUUGUUGAUCUACUUGUGAAUAUGGUUCCAACAUCAAGUUCGUUCUUUACCAUGUGGUUUUUGAAGAGUCGCUCCAGCUUUCCGAAUGAAUCAUACAUGAAGGUAACGGAACGCUUCGCCUACAUCACUGCCAAAAACAGGGACGAGUACUUCCGCUUGCUGGCUACGCACAAGUUGGACAUAGAAAUGGAAAUAAUGGACAUAGAGAAGGAACUGAAAAAGAGACAAGAUGAACUACAUAGUGAGUCGGAAGAGCCCGACAUUCUUGAGCCAGUAUUAUAUCGACGAGCGUCACUUUGA